UCGCUUUGUAAUCUCAUUUUCUGCGUGUGCUUUAUCAGCAGAGCGCGUGUAGUGCGCAUGCGCAACAACAACAAAUGCUGAAAAACGGAAACAGAAACUAAUUCAAAAUCGAAAUUCGCUUAGUCAUCGAAAAUUGUUGUUUUUUGUAUCAUUAUUAGCAUUAUCGUCACCAUAAUUACAACAAGCGACGUCGUCGGCAUUUGCGGUUACCGUCUUUACGGGCUUCAUUCAGAACAAAAUUACAAAAAAACUUAAUAAAUAAAAAAAAAAAAAACAAUCGCAGGCAGAGAGGCAACAAUAAACGCGGACAAUUACUGAUUAGCGCCCAGGUGGGGAAUCGCUUUAUGGGCGAGCAUAUAAUGCAAUCGCUGCCAUGUGUCCACUAAUUGCCAAGCUGCUGAGACGCAUUGACAACGGCUAAGACAUCCCAAGAGGAACCGAAAGCUGAAAGCAGAUAGAAGAAAGACAGAAAGAGUUAGUGUGAUUGAAGAAAUCUACUUAAGAAUGAGAAUAAAGCGAUUUUGUGUGAGCACCCUGCUCUGCUUGUGGUUCUGCUAUGGAACUGGCCUUCAGCUUUAUGGCCUUCACACAGAUGCGCUACUGGAGGGCGAGGGGCAGCUGGUGGUACCGCGACGUGUGCAUGCCGAUGGCGCGUUUAUGACACACACACUCAAGUAUGCCCACGAUCGGGAUCAUCGACGGCAUCGGCAUCGGCGUAGCGCCGACCAGACACUGGAACCAAAUGCACAGCCAGAGUUGCAUUUUCAGCUGCCGUUGGCCAAUGAGACGCUGCACCUGGAACUGACGCCACACAGCUACUUUCUGGCGCCGCUUCUGGUUGUGGAGCGACAUCGUCGGGAUUUGAGAACCCGUUCAUCACCCUCUGCGCAUCAGCUCAACUGUCAUUUUCAUGGCAAGGUGCGUGGUCAGCCGUCGGCCAAUGUCGCCAUAUCUACCUGCUCCGGUCUGGUGGGGCACAUUAAGACGGCCAGCAAUGAGUAUUACAUAGAGCCAUCCAAGCAUUCUGCGGCGCAUCCAAUCAACGGCCAUCCGCAUGUUGUGUUCCAGCGUUCCUCGGUGAAGCCCAAGCAGAAGGCAACAAAGCAGAGGCGUCGACACAAGCGCAAGCGAAAGGAGCAUCGCAACAAGGGACACGUGAGCAAUUGCGGGACACGUGAGCCGCGGCCACGCAUGGAAACGCGUCUGGAGUGGCAGCCGAGUGGCAAGUUCAAGAUUCAAGGAGGUCGCCAAGUCCGUCGCCCGCACCACCGCAACCAACACAACUAUCACAACCAUCAUCAUCAUUAUCAUCAUCAUCAUCAGCAUCACACACAGCCGCACACUAAAUUCAAAUACGACACUCAGUCGGAGGAGCAUGGCAGACAACGGGACAGACGUUCGAUUAGCAGUCCAAGGCACGUGGAGACACUCAUUGUGGCGGAUGCGACAUUGUCGGCAUUUCACAAGGAUGUCACUGGCUAUUUGCUGACCAUCAUGAAUAUGGUAUCCGCACUAUACAAAGAUCCCAGCAUUGGCAAUGCCAUUGAGAUCGUUGUGGUGCGCAUCAUUGAGCUGCAUGAUAAUGAUACGGAGCCCAUGCUGAAUCUAACGCAGAAUGCACAAAAGAAUCUCGAUCGAUUCUGCAGCUGGCAGCACAAACACAAUUCGGUGAGCGAGAAUGAUCCGCAUCAUCAUGAUGUCGCCAUACUGAUAACGCGCAAAAACAUUUGCGGCAACAAUUGCAUGACUCUGGGAUUGGCCAAUGUGGGCGGCAUGUGCAAGCCAAAGCAAUCGUGCAGCGUCAACGAGGACAACGGCAUCAUGCUCUCCCACACGAUCACGCACGAAUUGGGGCACAACUUUGGAAUGUUUCACGACACGGCCAAGAUUGGUUGCCAUCCACGGAUGGGUUCGAUAGUGCACAUCAUGACGCCGACAUUUGGGGCGGAUACGCUGCAGGUUUGCUGGUCGAAUUGCAGUCGCAAGUAUAUCACCCAUUUUCUUGACCAGGGAUUGGGCGAGUGCCUGGACGAUUCACCGGAGAAUGCCAAUGAGUACACGUAUCCGGAGGCGCUGCCAGGGGAGCGUUACAAUGCAAAGCGGCAGUGCCGCAUGCAAUUCAAUUUGACGACGGACAGCGAUGUGGGCGCUUGCUCGGCACCACACGAGUUCUGUUCGACGUUGUGGUGUCGCGUCGAUGGCGAGUGUGUGACCAACAUGCGGCCCACGGCACCAGGCACCGCUUGUGGCAAGAACAAGUGGUGCCAGAAUGGCAAAUGCGUUCGCAUGCAGGAGAUGCCGCCCAUUGAAGGCGGCUGGGGCAAUUGGAGCGAGUGGAGCGAAUGCUCACGCACCUGCGGCGGCGGUGUAUCCAUUCAGCAGCGGGAAUGCGACUCACCCGUGCCAGCCAAUGGCGGCGCCUUCUGCAUUGGCGAGCGCAAGCGCUAUAAGAUCUGCCGCAAGAAGCCCUGUCCGGAGCACGAGCCCAGCUUUCGGGCACAGCAGUGUGCACGCUAUGACAAUGUUAGCUAUCAGGGUGCCACAUACAAGUGGCUGCCGUUCUUUGACAAGAACAAUCCCUGUCGACUGUUUUGCAGCGAUGUGGAUGACACGAUCAUUGCCAAUUGGGGCGAAACAGUUCUAGAUGGCACACCCUGUACGCUGGGCACGAACAAUUUGUGCAUCGAUGGCAUCUGCAAGAAAGUUGGUUGCGAUUGGAUCGUUGACUCGGACGUGCAGGACGAUCGUUGCGGUGUCUGUGGCGGUUCUGGUGAUCAAUGCAAGCCCAUAAAGGAGAUCUACAGGGAGGCAUUUAACGUUAGCGACGGUGUCUACGUGGAGAUCGUUAACAUUCCCGCUCGAGCACGUCACAUUUUGAUCAAGGAGCUGUCCAAUUCGACCCACUUUAUGGCAAUUGGGCGAGCUGAGGGGAAUGAUAAGUUCUAUUUGAAUGGCGACAGCUUAAUCUCCAUGCCUGGUGAACUUGAGAUCGCCGGUGCUGAGAGCCUUUACGAUCGCCAGGACGAGCAGGAGACCAUCAAAAUACCUCAGCCCAUACAGCAUUCGAUAGCGUUAUACGCGAUCGUGCGCGGCAACGAAAGCAACACGGGCAUCUACUAUGAGUUCACGCUGCCAGCGUUUAAUGUCAGUGCGGGAAGACAGUAUCACUGGCGCCUCAGCAACUGGACAGCCUGCUCAGUCAGCUGCGGCGGGGGUGUCCAGCAUCGAGAGCCUAUCUGCCAUGAGAAUGGCAAAUUGUUGGCCGAUAAGCUGCCCUGCUGGACGCAUGCGAAGAACAAGCGUCCAUUGCGUCAGACUCGCGCUUGUGCCGCACAACAGUGUCCGGCGCAUUGGUGGCCAGGUCCCUGGCAAUUCUGUCCAGUCACCUGCCGUCAGCCGGACGCACCGAUGCCUCAGAGGCGUCGAUCCAUUGUCUGUCUCGAUCAGCACGAUGUCGUCGUCGCGAAUGCCCAGUGCAAUCCUCUGUCCAGACCACCCGAAACGGAGCCAUGUGAGGCGACGCUGCCCGAGUGCAGGACAAAGCUCUGAGCUCUGAGUUGCACUUGGCAAUCGUUUCUAGGACUUGCAACUGCAACUAGGUACGAUAAUGCAUAAUGGAGAAGGAAACUAUUUAUUGCUACCAAUAAAUCUAAAGCUAGUUUAAGUGAGCUACCAAUAAAAUCCAGACAGACAUGCAAUACAUA